AUCUGGGCGUCAAACGAGUUAGUCCAUUGAAGAACGUGUUCCGCGCAGCGUCUAUCGAUCGUCUUUCGGUUGCGUGUGGUUCUCUGGUUGGAAACUUGUUUGUGCUUGCUGUGUGUGUGAGAAGAGGGUGAUGAAUAUCGGGCAGUAAUAAUGUGCUGUGAUUAGGGUGGAUUAGUUCAGCAGACAGAGAACGAUUAUUUUUGUGUGAUUUUUGUGAUCGUGGUCAUUGAUCUCAACCCUUACAUUCGCACCACGCGUUAACGAGCCAGCGCCAUGUGGUCGAGCCAGAAAUCGUUGCUUAUCCGUACCUUUGUAGUUAGUGUAGUUGGUAUGUUGUGUCAUGCAACAGUUAAUGGUCAGUUUUAUAGCUUAAGUUUCGGUACGGAUGAAGGCUACAACACAGCUCCGGUACAGGCCGCAGCUCCCAGUGGACCCACCCAGCAUCAGCACGAGAUUCGCCAUAAGGUGACCCCCCUCGAGGCGAUGAUCGACAAGACGAAUCAUCUCGGGUUUCGGGUGCUUCACCAGCACUCGAAAGGCAAUCGGAACAAUAUUGCGUUUUCACCGUGCUCCUUGGCCAGCAUACUUGUAGCCCUGUACGAGGGAGCGGCUGGCAAUAGUGCGGUGGAGCUACACGGCCAGCUGGUAGCGCCGCACGAUAAGGAUGUGCUACGCGUUGGAUACCGGGAUAUUCACCGUCGACUGCGCAGCUAUUUCUAUCAGAAAGAAAACCUUUUGAAUGGGCUGAGCUUGAGCAGUGAAAAUAUUACCAUUAGGCCAGAAUAUGAGUCGGUGCUUAAAUUUUAUGGGUACGAUUUGGAAAACAUACCGGAAAUGCGAACGCCAACUACUACCACCCCGAUGCCGGCCACCACACUUGAAAUGGAGUCGGAAGAAACGACGAGCGAUGCAACGACUGAAAUGGGAAAUUCAACCGAACCGGUAGAACUGUCGACGACCGUCGGAACGAUGCCUGACGAGCCUGCCACGGGCAGUACAGUCGAUUCUGUAACGACAACGGAAGCAUCCCAGACGACGAACGAUACAGGCGGCGAUGUGGAUAUAACCACUACCAUGGUUUCGUCCGAGCCAGCGGAGAACACCACUACGGAAGCGACGGAAGAAACUUCCGAACCUCCCACAACGGAUGGCGAGGAACCAGUGACGGAGGAGACGGGUGGUGAGAAGCGGCGACGAAACCUGCGAAAGCGUGGACAGCGUUUGCUUCAGCGUCGCCAUCCGGACUCACCGCAGCGGAGACGAUCCGUGCGCCUGAAGCGGCAACCGGAAGAGAUCGACAUCAUCAGCCACCAACGGUUCCUGCAGAACUUCCUGCUGCAGGACGUAACGACCAACCCUUCGCCAGCGCUGCUUGCCACGGCCGGGUUUCCACCCGCGAUGGACAACACGGUACGGAAGAACCCCUUCCUGCAGCAGCCCGAUGCGUACCGGCUGCUGGACGAUACGAUAGAGCAUAACUUCUACCUAACCGAGACGGACAUCGUGAAGGUGCCGUACAAGGUGUACAACACGAUCCUUAAGUACGCUUACAUCGAGCGGCUCCAGUCGACCGUUAUAGAGCUGGAGCUGGAUUCGGAAGAUUACAAGUUGCUGAUCGUACUGCCCGACUACGAGUUUGGGCUGGGCAAUGUGCUGAAGCUGCUGCAGAUAGGUGACAAUGUUCCGAGCCUGCGGGAAGUGACGGAGCAGAUGAGCCCGACCUGGGUGAAAACGAUCGUGCCGAAGUUCAACCUGAAGGGCAACAUCAUCCUGACGAGCGAUUUGCAAAAUCUCGGCAUCAACGACAUUUUCGAACCGUCCCGGGCCGACUUCUCCCUGAUGACCGAAGAUCCGACGAUCUACGCGAAGCACAUUGAACAAUCGAUCAACGUUAACAUCCGGACGCAUUCGCUGCAGCAGCUAAAGCGGUUUACGUCGCUUUACAAAAAUCCGGUCGAGCUUGCCGUCAACUAUCCAUUUUUGUUCUGCAUUCUCGAUAACGAGCUAGACCUGGCACUGAUGGUUGGCAGGAUAUUGAACCCCCUGAAUGCACGUAUACACUAGCGCAAAAGCAUGUGGGAUAUGUUACGCAGCACCGUAAGAACCAUUCCACAUAGCACAAAGUGCCUGCCGACGUUUUACAAUAAAGCUUCAAGCAUGACAGUGUUGUUA